GAUGCCACAGGUCUGCGUAUGACGUGGUGGUGCCCGUGAAGUUAGCUGAGAGGUCUUGGGCCCUGUGGCAGAGCCGAGGGCCUCUGUCCUGUGAGCGUCGGAAGGAUGGGGAGGCACACCCACCGCCGAAGAAACCAGAGGAGACGGCCCAUCUGUGCGGACUGGGAGCUCCCAUCAUCCCCCUUCCAUGGUGUGUAGACGCCUCCGCCCCCAGAUCCCCCUGGAGGCAGCUGCUCCCGGAUCCAGGGAGCGACAGGGAACGGUUGGUGUUGUGAUGAGCUGGAGAGUAGCUCUCUUUGACGGGGACCCCACGGUUGCUGAUCACUGACCCUUUGGCCUGGCCUGUGAGGACUGUGUGGUCCCGGGAGCCCCGAGAGCGUGGUGCCAAAGCGGGUGGACAGCUUGUGCAAGCCGGACCUGAGGUCGGAGGACGCGGAUCUCCCUUGACUCUGAUGACGUUCGUGCGGCUGCCGAUUGGCUCUGGAGGCCCGAACCUGGUGGCGCAGAGCCCAGCGGUUGGUGUUUGUGUGUCGGGAGAGCAUGUGGCAGAGGACAUCCCUUCCGGAGGUCAGCAGACUGAGCUGGUCGGCACAGGGCGGGAGCAGUUCCAUGGCCUGGGCUCCCUGUACUGUCGGGGCGCGGCCGCGGUCAUCCUCACCUACGACGUGAGCCACCGGCAGAGCCUGCUGGAGCUGGAGGACAGGUUCCUGGGCCUCACGGACACGGCCAGCACGGACUGCCUCUUCGCCAUCGUGGGCAACAAGGUAGACCUCGUCGAGGAGGGGGCCGCAGAGGGCCAGGAAGAGGACGGGCCCGGCCCCGGGACUGCCGGCAGCGGCAGAUCGCCCAAAGUGCCCAAGCUGGUGCAGCCGGAGGACGCGGUGGCCCUUUACAGAAAGAUCCUCAAGUACAAGAUGCUGGACGAGAAGGCCGUGCCUGCGGCCGAGCAGAUGUGCUUUGAGACCAGUGCGAAGACCGGCUACAACGUGGACCUGCUGUUCGAGACCUUGUUCGACAUGGUGGUUCCCAUGAUCCUGCGGCAGAGAGCCCAGGGGCCGCCGCAGACCGUGGACAUCAGCAGCCACAAGACGCCCAGACGGACCAGGUCUGGGUGCUGCGCCUGACUCCGCGGGGCCCCGAGCCCCGGUGUCCGCGGUGGGCCGGGGUCGGCCCCGUGUGCUGCGGUCAGAAGGUACGCGGAAUUGCGUAGCAGGCGGCACACGGAGGAGGACGUCCGGGGACAACAACAGCGGGGUGUUCCGUGUCUGCGGGGGCGGCUCCUCCAUCUGCAUCGCUGUGUGGGAAGCGGGGGACACGGGAAUUGCCUGCAGAAAACACUCCUCUGAGCCAAGACUCCCGAGGACCGUUGUGCGGGGCUGGUCCUUUCCUACAUCCCGGCCUUACUGAAGCCUGUGGCCCGGCUUCUGCGGCACCUGGCGUGUAUGAGCACCCGGCCGUGGCACCUGGCGUGGUACUUGGUGUGUGUGAACGCCUGGCCGUGUUUUCGCAGACGUUGUCUUCGUGGCAGUCUCUCCGCUCGGCCUUUCUGUGUGGAUGUGUCUCCUUGACUCUUGCCUUGUUAAUUUAUACAAAGUCCGGGAUUACUGCUUUCAUACUGGUUGUAGCCGUGCGAGCUAUGAUUAUUAUUAAAAAGGAUUACGAGAA